AUGGAGCGCGGGGGGAUCGGGGGCGCCGACGAGGAGGCCCCAGCUCCGAAGCACCCGCAGCAGAGAUACCGCUCUGUGGAGUCACAGGACCGCACCGUCGUGCCGAUGGCAUCCAUGGAGACCGGCUCGUCCGCCGCAGCGCCCAGGCCCACGAAGCCUAACCUAAGUAUUGACCCAAGAACGAAAAUGACAUCUUCAAAUGGUCAUGCUGUACCUAAUGCAUCUCAAAGCGAUUCAAAGCUCGAGCUCUUUGGUUUUGACUCGUUGGUCAAUAUUUUGGGACUCAAGAGUAUGGCAGGAGAACAAGCUCAGGCAAUAGCUAGCCCAAGGGAUGGUGAGGAUGUGGGGAUUACUAUUGGAUGCUCUAAGGAAACUGAGCCUAAACUUGGUACCAUGAUGGGUGUCUUUGUUCCAUGUCUACAGAACAUCUUGGGUAUAAUAUAUUAUAUCCGUUUUACCUGGAUCGUGGGUAUGGGAGGCAUAUGGCAAUCACUUGUUUUAGUUGCAUUCUGCGGUGCAUGCACAUUUUUAACUGGAUUAUCAUUAAGUGCAAUUGCGACAAAUGGAGCCAUGAAGGGUGGUGGCCCUUACUAUCUAAUCGGCCGUGCACUUGGUCCAGAAGUUGGAGUUAGUAUUGGAUUGUGCUUCUUCCUUGGAAAUGCUGUUGCUGGAGCUAUGUACGUGUUGGGAGCUGUAGAAACAUUUCUGGAUGCCAUUCCAUCAGCUGGAUUUUUUCAAGAGAGUGUAACAGUGGUCAACAAUACAUUAGCAAAUGGUACAACAGUAGCUGGUGGAACAACUAUAUCAACACCUAACCUGCAUGACCUCCAGAUCUAUGGUGUUGUCAUUACAAUAUUGCUCUGUUUUAUUGUAUUUGGCGGUGUCAAGAUUAUCAACAAGGUCGCACCCGCUUUCUUAAUACCAGUCCUCUUCUCAAUACUCUGCAUUUUUAUUGGCGUCUUCAGUGCACCAGGGUCUGAUGCUUCAAAGGGGAUCACUGGGUUGAGUAUGACUACACUUACGGACAACUGGAGUUCAGAUUACCAACCUACAAACAAUGCUGGAGUCCCUGAUCCAAAUGGAUCGAUAUUAUGGGAUUUUAAUGCAUUGUUAGGGCUCUUUUUCCCAGCUGUUACUGGAAUCAUGGCUGGUUCAAACCGGUCUGCGUCACUGAAAGACACACAACGUUCCAUACCAGUUGGGACAUUAAAUGCUACCCUUUCAACUACUGUGAUGUAUCUAAUAUCUGUCUUCCUAUUUGGAGCCUUGGCUACAAGGGAAGAGCUUCUAACUGACAGGCUUAUUUCUGCAACAAUUGCUUGGCCUGGUCCAGCAGUAAUUUACAUCGGUAUUAUUCUGUCCACUUUGGGUGCAGCACUACAAAGUAUGACUGGGGCCCCAAGGUUACUUGCAGCAAUAGCGAAUGAUGACAUCCUUCCUGUUCUUAAUUGUUUUAAGGCUUAUGAAGGAUCUGAGCCUCAUGUAGCAACUCUGUUUACAAGCUUCAUCUGUAUUGCUUGUGUUGUGAUUGGGAACUUGGAUCUGAUUACACCUACUAUCACUAUGUUUUUCCUUCUGUGUUAUGCUGGUGUGAACUUGUCAUGCUUUCUGCUGGAUCUCCUUGAUGCUCCUAGCUGGCGCCCUCGAUGGAAGUUACAUCACUGGAGCCUUUCUCUGAUCGGUGCCUCUCAAUGCAUUGUUAUCAUGUUUAUGAUCUCAUGGACUUUUACCGUGGUCUCCCUUGCCCUCGCAAGCCUCAUCUACUACUAUGUCAGCUUAAAAGGAAAGGCUGGUGACUGGGGAGAUGGAUUUAAAAGUGCAUACUUCCAACUGGCUCUGCGAAGCCUCCGAUCAAUGGGAGCAAAUCAAGUACAUCCCAAAAACUGGUACCCCAUUCCUCUCAUAUUCUGCCGCCCUUGGGGUAAACUUCCAGAAAAUGUCCCAUGCCAUCCAAAACUUGCAGAUUUUGCCAAUUGCAUGAAGAAAAAGGGCCGUGGUAUGUCGAUUUUCUUCUCAAUCAUUGAUGGUGACUACCAUGAAUCGGCCAAGGAUGCAAAGACAGCCUGCCGUCAACUUAGUGCCUAUAUUGACUACAAGCGUUGUGAGGGUGUCGCGGAGAUCAUUGUAGCACGCUCAAUGUCUGAUGGUUUUCGCAGCAUUGUUCAGAUAAUGGGCCUAGGCAACCUGAAGCCAAAUAUUGUUGUGAUGCGUUACCCUGAGAUCUGGCGUCGUGAAAAUUUGACACAGAUACCUUCGACAUUUAUCAGCAUCAUAAAUGACUGUAUUAUUGCUAACAAGGCAGUCGUCAUCGUGAAAGGACUAGAUGAGUGGCCUAAUGAGUACCAGAGACAGUAUGGAACCAUUGACUUGUAUUGGAUUGUGAGGGAUGGAGGGCUAAUGCUCCUGUUAUCUCAGCUGCUACUCACCAAAGAGAGCUUUGAAAGCUGUAAGAUUCAGGUCUUCUGCAUAGCUGAAGAGGACACAGAAGCCGAGGAGCUAAAGGCUGAUGUGAAAAAGUUUCUGUAUGAUCUUCGGAUGCAAGCAGAGGUUAUCGUUGUGACUAUGAAGUCAAUGGAAGCACGUACGGAGCUCAGUUCUGGUGCUAAGAAGGAUCCCGAAGAAGAACAUGCGAGUGCUCAGCAUAGAAUCAGAGCAUACCUUUCUGAGAUGAAGGAGACUGCACAAAGAGAAGGGCGGCCACUGAUGGAGGGUGGCAGACAAGUCGUGGUUAACGAAGAGAAGGUCGAGAAGUUCCUCUACACGAUGCUGAAGCUGAAUACAACUAUCCUCAAGUACUCCAGGAUGGCAGCGGUGGUGCUGGUGAGCCUCCCACCACCGCCUCUGAACCACCCGGCCUACUGCUACAUGGAAUACAUGGAUCUGCUUGUCUUGAACGUACCACGGAUGCUGAUAGUUAGGGGAUACAGGAGAGACGUCGUCACACUUUUCACGUAAUUUUAUUGGAUAUACAU